AUGAUGUUGGCAGAGCAAGCCCAGAAGUGGUUCCCAACCCACGUGCAGGUUACAGUUCUUCAAGCCAAAGAUCUGAAGCCAAAAGGCAAAAAUGGCACCAACGAUACCUACACUAUUAUACAACUGGGCAAGGAAAAAUACUCCACCUCGGUAGCUGAGAAGACCCUGGAGCCAAUCUGGAAAGAAGAGGCCUCAUUUGAGCUCCCUGGAUUAUUGAUGCAGGGGAAUCCAGAGAAAUACAUCCUCUACCUGAUUGUCAUGCACAGGUCGCUGGUGGGGCUGGAUAAGUUUUUGGGACAGGUGGCAAUAAAUCUAAAUGAUAUAUUUGAGGACAAGCAACGAAGAAAAACAGAAUGGUUUAGCCUAGAGUCCAAACAAGGGAAAAGAACUAAAGACAGAGGAGAAAUAAAGGUCAAUAUUCAGUUUAUGAGGAAUAAUAUGACAGCAAGCAUGUUUGAUUUGUCAAUGAAGGACAAAACAAAAUCCCCCUUUGCUAAACUGAAAGACAAAAUGAAGGGUCGAAAGAAUGAUGGGACGCUUUCGGAUACAUCCUCUGCAAUCAUUCUGAGUACUCACAUACCUGAUGCGAACAUGGACAUGUCCAGUAAUGAAAUACAAAUAAAAUCAAAACCAAAAAAACCUUUCCUUUUGGGACCUCAGCGAUUAUCUUCAGCUCAUUCAAUGUCUGAUUUAACUGGAUCACAUGUGUCUUCAGAAAAUAUUAAAUCCAGCACAAUUGGCCAUACACACCUUUUCAGAAGUCAGUUAGAAUCUUUUACUUCUGUUGAUGAAAGUGGAAGUCUAAAAUCGCCACAUAGGAGGACAUUAAGUGCUGAUACUUCUAAAAUGAACCAGCUUGACAACACAGCUGAUGAAAGUGAAUCAGCAUCUGAAGCACAAAAUGACCCCUUUACAAAUGUGAGUGCUUCAUUGCCCCAAAAGUUUGCAACGCUGCCAAGACAGAAAAAUCCAUUUGAAGAAAGCCCUGCAUCAUGGGACCAAAACAUAAGUCUCUUUUCCAAGCCUGUUGAAAUAAAAAAAGAAAUUAAAAAAGAGAAAAAGGAGAAAGUUAGCCUUUUUGAAAGAGUGACUGGAAAAAAAGAUAACAAGAAGUUGGAUAAACUUAGCAAUGGGGGAUCUGACAGUUCCACUGACUUGAAAUCACCUAGUGCAUUUGGUGAAAGUCAUAAUCAAAACUCUCCUUAUGAUUCACGUAAUCCGUUUACAACAAACUUCAAGCCCACAAGCAUGUUGCCGACAUCUAGUUUUACAAUGAAUCCUGCAAGCAUUGAAGACCUCAGGAAAAAAAGGGAUGGAAAUCCUUUUGAUGCCACUGCAGGGUACCGUAAUCUUACAUAUGAAGAGGUCUUGCAGGAGCUGGUGAAACAUAAAGAGCAACUUAAGAAGAAAGACACCCAUAUCCGUGAACUUGAGGACUACAUUGACAAUCUUCUUGUACGAGUAAUGGAGGAAACGCCUAGUAUUCUCAGAGUGCCAUAUGAACCUUCUCGAAGAGCUGGCAAAUUUUCCAAAAGCUAA